GAGCGGGGCGAACGCAAAGAGCGAGUUCUCUGCAGGCCGUGCCUGGAAGCGGAAGAGAUGGGCGGAGAUAAAGGGCAAGCUGCUGGCCAGGCGGCCCGGGAGCCCGGGGCGGGGCGCGGGCGGGCCUUCGCUGGUUACUGGUCACAAGUGGCCUGACCCGGCUCCACCCUCGGUCCGCCCGGACAAGUAAAUCUUGUGACUGCCCGGGCUGCUUUCCCUUCCUAGAUUGCGGAGCUUUCAUACCCACGAUGCGCUUCCUGACCGCCACGAUCCUGCUGCUGGCGCUAGUCGCCGCCAGCCAGGCGGAGCCCCUGCACUUCAAGGACUGCGGUUCUAAGGUGGGAGUUAUAAAGGAGGUGAAUGUGAGCCCAUGUCCCACCGAUCCCUGUCAACUGCACAAAGGCCAGUCCUACAGUGUCAACAUCACCUUUACCAGCAGCACUCAGUCCCAGAACAGCACGGCCUUUGUCCACGGCAUCCUGUCAGGAGUCCGGGUCCCCUUCCCCAUUCCUGAGCCUGACGGUUGCAAGAGUGGAAUCAACUGCCCCAUCCAGAAAGACAAGGUCUACAGCUACCUGAAUAAGCUUCCGGUGAAGAGUGAAUACCCCUCUAUAAAACUGGUGGUGGAAUGGAGACUUGAAGAUGACAAAAAGAAUAAUCUCUUCUGCUGGGAGAUUCCAGUUCAGAUCACAAGCUAGGCUCCUUGGCGCCCUGUGUCUGUGUGGGCUGAGAGGCCAUGGACGGAGGGAGGGAGGGGAAGAAACAGAAACCAGACCCGAAAUGGAAUCAGUGCCAUAAGAUGAACAGAAUUUCGAGAAUGCUGUUUUAUGCCUUUUAACCUCCAAAGAAAUACCCGCAAGCCUACUGCUCAUGAGAACUCAGAGCCACUGUCCCCCGAGAUAGCCUCUGGGGAGGCUUCGGGAGGAAUCUGGAAAGAUUUGUGUCCAUGGCUGUUUGCUGCUGGAUUACAGGCAGGUUCCACCAGACCGGAUGGACGGGGUUGCUUAGGGAUGUCAGAUAACUUGACCCAGGGCUGUGGAUCCACUGUGAAGGAUGGCUUCCCAGAGUCUUCUGGCUGGCUGGGGGUGUUAUCUCCCCUGUUUCUAAGUGCCUCCUGAGUCCCCAGCCCCCGGCUUACCUGUCGGAUGUCUCCAUAGCACCCUCUGCCCCAAAGCUUCAGCCGUAGCGACUAGGUCUCCUCAGGAUCCAGACGGGCUGAGGGGAGGUCUGCCGAAGAAAUUUAGGUCUGAGUGGCUGCGUCUUUGUGGUUAGCUCUCGUCCUUUGGUAGUUUUCAUUAAAGCCAAUACUUGGUUGCGGGUGUUCGGUUUUGUUUUUUAACAGUAUUCGUCUGCAUCCUCUCUCUGCACGUGAGACUGGGCCUCCCCAUAAAGUCUAUCUUGCCACUCCUGCGUUUGUGUUCAGUCUGUGGUUGCCUGCUUCUUCCAGAUGGCAGUCUCCUGGGUCCAUAGCAGGCAGGCACCCAGUUCCCAAGCUCUAGAGAAGAUGCAACUCACAGAAUUCACAGGCACUGCCUUUUCCCUCGUUUUUAUUUAUACCAGCUAGACCUUAUCCAUAGAAAGUGGCCUUGUUCUGCAUUGCUGCCAAGCGUGCCUGAAGCAGCAACCACCACCUAGUGACUAGCACCACCUGAGGAGGCGUGGUGACUGGGACACCACAUGGCCUUAUGGGGAAGCCUAGAAAGGAAAGGGAGGAAGAGGUGGCUCUACGGAGGCAGGAGGGAUAUGAGUUCCAAGCCAGUCUGAGUAGCCUUGUGAGAUCCAUUUAAAUAAAGACAUAGGCCCAAGACGACAAGAAACAGAAGGGUCGUAGCCUAAACUUAGCCCCAACCCCCUCUGCCGUCCCACCCUUCCCUGACACAAUCUCCGCACUAGAAGGCAGAGGCAUGAGGAUUGUUGGGAGUUGGAGACCAACCCCAUCCACAAAAGGAGUUCAAGACCAGCCUGGGCUAAAUGAGACCUAGUCUCAAGAGAGGGGGAGCGAGAACAUCAUAGCAGAUAACAGUUCCCUUGAUUGAAUCUCAAGAAGACAGGUAAGGCCAUGGAUCAUAGUUUUUGGUAGGGAAUACACACGCUAUUUUUGAGAUGAGGUCAGAUGUAUCUCAGGCUGGCUUUGAACUUGCCACGUAUCAGAGAACCUUGACUUUCUGAUCCUCCUGCUUCUACCUCAAGUGCUGGGAUUGCCAGUGUGUGCCCCCAUAUGUAGAUACCAAAAAGCACAGGAGCCUUGCAUUGCUUCACUCGUGAGUUUCCCAGUCAAACCACCAGGGGGCAGCCAUGGGUCACUAAUGAAGUUCUUACCGGUGACCUGUUCACCCACUGUAAUGAGUUCCCUUGUGUAUUCUUUCACCCUGAGCCCACCCUGCCUUCCCAUGUAGAUGCUAUAUGAGUCAGAAUCAUGUGGACUCCAAAAGUAGUCACCUGCUGAGGUCCUUGCUUCCAGCUGUCCGUGGUUAAAUUUUGGCUCCUCCAGUUACUCAGCUGUGACUGUGAGCUGUAAGUGACUCCAUCUCUCAAUUUGGAUUUCCCUAAUCCAUUGCCCAGGGACAAUGGUAGCACCGUGUGAAGUGAAAUGAGGCAUGUAAGACACGAAUUAGGGCGUGCGGUAUACACGUCGCCGGUGUGAGCCAUUGUGCCAGGCUGCUUUGUCUAGAAAUAGGAAAAUCUGGAGGCUCAAUCUCAUGUGUGGUAGGUAAUGUGCCUCAGAAAAAACGCAGCUAUCGUCUUUGUGUGGGAGCUUGCUGAGGGGCCAGGAGAAACUCACUUCUGUGUUUGCUGCCUCCCUUUUCCCAACAGAUUCUUGACUUUUUAGCUCCACAACUAACAGCUCCCAAGCCGGAAAAAAAAAAUGGGGGUGGGGGGAGGAAGCUCUGUCAAGUGCCCUUGUGUCCUAACCAGAGCAGGAGGUGACCCAACAGCCUAGGACUGUUUACUUACCGGCCACUGGGAGACUCGGGGGGAGCCUGCAGUUGUGAGAUAGGUAGUCUCCCAGGGGAGGAUUAGUUGGAAAGGUCAUCCCUACAGAAAGUUCACAGUCAUUAACACAGAAGCCUUGAAUCCUAAGCAUACAAAGGGUCCCGUGUUGUCUAAUGCCGGUCUCUGUGCAAACCUUAGAGUCUUAGACCCACUCUUCCCUUAGAGGAAUCUGAGGCAGGUAAAUCUCAAGAUCCCCAUUGCUGUGGUCUGAUCUUCAUACUAAUAAAAAGUCAGUGGGUGGAAUAAUUUCA